AGCCGCGACGGUGCCCGCUUCUGCACCGCCUGCAAGGACAAGAGCGUCCGUGUCAUCGACCCCCGCCGCGGAACCGUGGUGGCCGAAAAGGAGCGGGCGCAUGAGGGGGCACGGCCCAUGCGGGCCAUCUUCUUGGCUGACGGCAAGAUCUUCACCACUGAGAACCUGGAGGAGCCCAUGGGGCUGCAGGAGCUGGACUCCAGCAACGGGGCUCUUCUGCCCUUCUACGACCCUGACACCAACGUGGUCUACGUCUGCGGCAAGAGCAUCCGGUACUUUGAGAUCACAGAGGAGCCACCUUACAUCCACUUCCUCAACACCUUCACCAGCAAGGAGCCCCAGCGGGGCAUGGGCUGGAUGCCCAAGCGUGGGCUGGACGUCAGCAAGUGCGAGAUUGCCAGGUUCUACAAGCUGCAUGAACGCAAGUGUGAGCCCAUCAUCAUGACAGUGCCAAGGAAGGUCAGUGGGGACUAG